UAAAAGUGCAUGCAGCUGUGCACAUUUUAUACCCAUCGAAAGCUCAACUCGAUGUCAGCGUUUUUUAAAGCUGCAUCACGUGACAGAGGACAAAUUGCCUGACGACUCAAACGGAAUUCUUCCGCUGCCCUAUCAGAGGAGAAACUGACGUCCGUGGGCGUGGCGUUAGCGUUUGACGUGUUUAAGGAGUUUGGGUAGCCAGGCAAGAGGAGAAAGCGACCAUGCUGAAAAUAUCGCAAGGCACUGGAGGAUGCGGAUGCGAUUUUUUCGGAGGAUAUCGUGUCGCUCGCUAGUGUACCCUGGGAUCACCGUUUUUAAUAGCAAAAUAAUUGAUGACACACACCGCACCGACCUCCUAAAGGUUGACUGUUGACUGGCCAGCUGGGUGGUUACUGAGGCAGAUUGCAUUAUAAAACCUCAUCUUCUUCUUUUGUAUGACUCAUUGGAGUUGACCAACAGACGUCAAGACUGACCACAGACAUGAGAAUGGCUUUGGACUCACUCCGGUCGUUGUCGAUGCCCUGCGCCAGUGUCUGUACCAUCCCCACCAUCACCCUCGUCACCUAUCCUCUCACCCAAAACACCCCACGCUGAGACCCAGACGACUGAGUCAGAGCUAGCAUCCACCAUGCUGUCAGGAAGCUACAGUCUCUCCACGGUAGCCUCACCCGCCAUGCCCUCUGCCUCCACCAGGGUGAGAACUACCAGUGUGGACAGCGUGUCCAGUAGGGAGAGCGGUGCCAGUGUGAGCAGCAGUGUGAGCGUGCCCACGGUGUGUGGAGUCCCCAGUGGCACGGUGGUUCUGGAGGCGCAGUAUGACUAUGAGUACCGUGGGGCAGACGGACGACAGGUCUGCAUCCGCGAGGGGGAGCGGUUUAUUCUGCUCAGGAAGACUAACAGUGACUGGUGGCAGGUGCGGAGGAUCGGGGCAGCCAGUAAAGCAAAUCCCCUGUAUGUGCCAGCUACGUACGUAGUGGAGGUACCCAUCACUCCUCUGUCAUCAGUACCACAACAACAAAAUGCCAACAACAACAUGUGUAACCAUGCCAACAUGACACUGCAGCUACAGUCAUCUCUCUCUCUCAGCUCUAACAGCCAGUACUCAGUGUUCAAAACCUUCUGUCAAUCAAUGGAAGACCUCAACUCUCACAGUGCCUUCAGGGGAGUCAACAGCCACAGCCCUACCCCCAGUCUGGGAGGAGGAGGGGGUCACUUCCCCACCAUGCCCCUCCCUGCCCUCCCCUCCUACACCGCUAGCUCCUCCUCAGGACAUCUGCUGGUCCCUGGGGGCCCCCAGACCUCCAUUGGCCUCUCGGGCCCCAUCCCCCGCACUAAAAGCUUCAACAACCUGCCCCAGAACCCUUACGAGGAGAUCGAAGUGGCGGAGAUGGGGGUCGGGAUGGGACUAACUGGACGGAGCACACCCAUCGGGGGUGUUGCCAAGUCCCUUAGCCAAUGGGACAUGGCCGAGGCCACCCGCAGAAACAGCCGUCUGCAGGUGUCUCCCCAGUCCUACAUUUCCCAGCAGUCUCUCCUGGAGUCUACUCUAUACUCUGCCAACCACCAGGUGAAGAGGCGGAGCCAAGUGGAGCCCCCCAGCCCCGCCCCCGGCCAGCGACCCAUGCAGGUGCUGGACCUAUGGGAGCAGUACUCAGACCCCUCCACGGGGCGCUGUUUCUAUGUCAACACCGUUACCAAGGAGAGGUCCUGGAAACCCCCCCGCAGAGCCCGCGAACAGGCUAGUCCGAGGGACACCAACCACCUGUCUCUCCCAAUCCCAGGCACAGAGAAUGGCAACAUGUACAGGCUCUCUUCAGACUUCCUGUACGGUGGGCAGAUUGCUGACAGUGGCCGGGACCUGGGUCAGAGCAUGCAGAGAGCAGUUUCCUCCAACACCAUCAGCAUCACAGCUUUCAGAACAGGAGAGUCUCAGGGGGUCAUCCAGCGACGUCACUCUGCCCUACUGCAUCAUGGGACAGAGCAGCUCAGCCACUCACGAACCAUAAUACUGCCCAAGAACGGCAAGCUGGGCCAGCAGUACAGAGACUGUUCCUACCCUGGGACCAGUGUUGUGGUGGUGGAGCCUCCUUCUCCAGCCACCUCUCCCUACAGCAAUGACAGCUCCACACCGGAGCUGGAGAAAGCAGGUCUGCUGAACAAGACCAAGAUAGCAGAGGGAGGCCGGAAACUGAGGAAGAACUGGAAUCCCUCGUGGGUGGUUCUGGUCGGGAACAGUCUGGUGUUCUUCAAGGAUCCCAAAUCCCAGACCCCCUCCAGCUGGAAACCAGGAAACAGUCGUCCGGAGAGCAGUGUAGAUCUGAGAGGAGCCGUGGUGCAGUGGACCAAUGACCUGUCCAGCAAGAAGAACGUCUUCAAGCUGAGGACGGUGACAGGGAAUGAGUUCCUACUGCAGUCAGAGACAGACUCACUGAUCAGAGAGUGGUUCAACACCAUCCACAGUGUCAUCAAUAGACUGGAUCGGGAGAAUCCCCUGGAUAAUGUCCUGCUGUACUCUCUGAGGAGGGCGGGCAGUCUGGAGAUGUUGGACCACAGUGGAGACGAAGAGGACAGUCGAGGAUAUAAAGCAUCACUCCCUCGUUCUGCUUCCAACGUGGAGAACUCAGAGAGGAAGCGUGUUCGGAGCAGACUGAAGAAGUUCAUCCUCAAGAGACCUCCACUACAGAUCCUACAGGAGAAAGGACUCAUCAAGGACCAGGUGUUUGGCUGUCAUCUAGAGAUGCUGUGUGAGAGAGAGAAGAACAAUGUGCCUCGUUUCGUCAGGCUCUGCACUGAGGCUGUGGAGAGGAGAGGGCUGGAGACAGACGGUAUCUACAGAGUGAGUGGGAACCUGGCGGUCAUCCAGAAACUACGCUUCUUAGUCAACCAUGAGCGAGCGGUGACUACAGACGGACGUUAUAUGUUCCCUGCGGAGUUGGUACAAGAGAAGUUGAACCUGGAACAGAGUGAGUGGGAGGACAUCCAUGUCAUCACAGGAGCCCUGAAGCUGUUCUUCAGAGAGCUUCCUGAACCCCUGGUUCCUUACGGCUUCUUCACAGACAUCUUAGAGACCGUCAAGAUGUCAGACUACCUGGAUAAAGUGGACCGUCUGAAGUCUCUGGUACUGAGCAUGCCUCCUCCCAACCAAGACACCAUGAGGUUCAUGUUCAGUCAUCUCAAACGGGUGAUGGAACAUUCUGACUCUAACCGGAUGUCGACCCAGAACAUCGGCAUAGUGUUCGGUCCCACCCUGAUGCGUCCGGAGAGGGACAAUGUUAACAUGGCCAUCAACAUGGUCUACCAGAACCAGGCCGUGGAGCUCAUUCUCAAUGAGUUUGACCGUAUCUUCAGACCCAGCAACUUGACAUCCCUCUGACAUCCAUUCAUUCCAGAACACUGAACCUAGAACCCACCCUGCCCCAAGUACCCAGUCAGCACAGAACACUGAACCUAGAACCCACCCUGCCCCAAGUACCCAGUCAGCACAGAACACCGAACCUAGAACCCACCCUGCCCCAAGUACCCAGUCAGCACAGAACACCGAACCUAGAACCCACCCUGCCCCAAGUACCCAGUCAGCACAGAACACCGAACCUAGAACCCACCCUGCCCCAAGUACCCAGUCAGCACAGAACACCGAACCUAGAACCCACCCUGCCCCAAGUACCCAGUCAGCACAGAACACCGAACCUAGAACCCACCCUGCCCCAAGGACCCAGUCAGCACAGAACACCGAACCUAGAACCCACCCUGCCCCAAGGACCCAGUCAGCACAGAACACAGAACACCGAACCUAGAACCCACCCUGCCCCAAGGACCCAGUCAGCCCAGAACACUGAACCUACAACCCACCCUGCCCCAAGGACCCAGUCUAGAGCCCAUCCAGCCUCAUCCCAACCAGCCUGAACCCAACUCAGUGACCUGAACCAUCUUUGGACCCAAACCCCUCUGGUACUGUAUCCUCCAACACCCAGCCCAGCCUGAGUCAAACACAGUGACUAGAACCAACAGAACCAGAAACGCUGUGAAAGGACACCAGCUUCUCCUCGUGUUUUUCUUACUUACUCCCUGUAGUAUCAACUAGUGGUAAAAACAUAGGUGGGUGAACUGAUCGCCGGUCGCGGUGAAAAGAAAACUAGCGCUUCCUAUACUUUCAAUGCACUGUAUGGCAAAAGAACGAAAGGUGGGUAAACUGCGUUACACCCCCUGGUAUCAACAUCAGCUUAACUCACCUCAUCCCACGGAGAAAGACAUGGGAACAGGAGGAAAAGGCCAUAUGGAUAAUGUACAGUAUGUUUCCUUAUCUCCUGUUGUAGUGUAGUAGCAACUACAGCCCAACUCAUCUCCGCCAAAACACAACGUCAACAACAAGCUGUUGCAUCUUUGUGCCACUGUCUAUAAACUGUCUACAAUAAAGUUAUUGCGAAGUUUUCAAAUGUGAUCCUUGUCAGACUUUGUGUCAUGACUGGAGAAUGAAUACAGACUUUAAAUUACUUUAGUUUGGUUGUAAUGACAGCGCGAUGGAAUGCCUAUAUUAUGUACCUCAAGUCUAAUUGUAUUGGUUCCGUACACAUAUUAUGCAGGUGUUAUCGCAGAUGUAGCAAAAUGCUUCUGUUUCUAGCUCCAACCGUGCAGUAUACCUAACAAUACACACAAAUCCCCCCCAAAAAAUAUAAAUUAAGAAAUAUCAGAACGAGCAAUGUCAGAGUCCGGAAUAUAAAUUUACAUUGAGUGUACAAAACAUUAAGAACAUCUUCCUAAUAUUGAGUUGCACCCCGCCUUGAGAUAGAAGCUGUUUUUCAGUCUCUCGGUCCCAGCUUGUACUUGCACCUGUACUGACCUCGCCUUCUGGAUGGUAGCGGGGUGAACAGGCAGUGGCUCGGGUGGUUGUUGUCCUUGAUGAUCUGUAUGGCCUUCCUGUGACAUCGGGUGGUGUAGGUGUCCUGGAGGGCAGGUAGUUUGCCCCCGGUGAUGCGUUGUGCAGACCGCACCACCCUCUGGAGAGUCCUGCGGUUGAGUGCUACAGCCCGACAGGAUGCAUCUGUAAAGGUUUGUGAGGGUUUUAGGUGACAAGCCAAAUUUCUUCAGCAUCCUGAGGUUGAGGGCCUGUUGCACCUUCUUCACCACACUGUCUGUGUGGGUGGACCAUUUCAGUUUGUCAGUGAUAUGUAUGCCGAGGAACUUAACUUUCCACCUUUUCCACUGCUGUCCCGUCGAUGUGGAUAGGGGGGUGUUCCCUCUACUGUUUCCUGAAGUCCACGAUCAUCUCCUUUGUUUUGUUGACGUUGAGUGAGAGGUUAUUUUCCUGUCACCACUCUCCCAGAACCCUCACCUCCUCCAUGUAGGCUGUCUCAUCGUUAUUGGUAAUCAAGCCUACUACUGUUGUGUCGAUAUAUGAAUAGAAAAGGUGUGUACAGCAGUAGUUAUAUAGGAUGAGCCUUGACUAGAAUACAGUGUAUAUACACUGCUCAAAAAAAUAAAGGGAACACUUAAACAACACAAUGUAACUCCAAGUCAAUCACACUUCUGUGAAAUCAAACUGUCCACUUAGGAAGCAACACUGAUUGACAAUACAUUUCACAUGCUGUUGUGCAAAUGGAAUAGACAAAAGGUGGAAAUUAUAGGCAAUUAGCAAGACACCCCCCAAAACAGGAGUGAUUCUGCAGGUGGUGACCACAGACCACUUCUCAGUUCCUAUGCUUCCUGGCUGAUGUUUUGGUCACUUGAAUGCUGGCGGUGCUCUCACUCUAGUGGUAGCAUGAGACGGAGUCUACAACCCACACAAGUGGCUCAGGUAGUGCAGUUCAUCCAGGAUGGCACAUCAAUGCGAACUGUGGCAAAAAGGUUUGCUGUGUCUGUCAGCGUAGUGUCCAGAACAUGCAGGCGCUACCAGGAGACAGGCCAGUACAUCAGGAGACGUGGAGGAGGCCGUAGGAGGGCAACAACCCAGCAGCAGGACCGCUACCUCCGCCUUUGUGCAAGGAGGUGCACUGCCAGCGCCCUGCAAAAUGACCUCCAGCAGGCCACAAAUGUGCAUGUGUCUGCUCAAACGGUCAGAAACAGACUCCGUGAGGGUGGUAUGAGGGCCCGACGUCCACAGGUGGGGGUUGUGCUUACAGCCCAACACCGUGCAGGACGUUUGGCAUUUGCCAGAGAACACCAAGAUUGGCAAAUUCGCCACUGGCGCCCUGUGCUCUUCACAGAUGAAAGCAGGUUCACACUGAGCACAUGAGCACAUGUGACAGACGUGACAGAGUCUGGAGACGCCGUGGAGAACGUUUUGCUGCCUGCAACAUCCUCCAGCAUGACCGGUUUGGCGAUGGGUCAGUCAUGGUGUGGGGUGGCAUUUCUUUGUGUGGCCGCACAGCCCUCCAUGUGCUCGCCAGAGGUAGCCUGACUGCCAUUAGGUACCGAGAUGAGAUCCUCAGACCCCUUGUGAGACAAUAUGCUGACACAUGCACAUUUGUGGCUUGCUGGAGGUCAUUUUGCAGGGCGCUGGCAGUGCACCUCCUUGCACAAAGGCGGAGGUAGCGGUCCUGCUGCUGGGUUGUUGCCCUCCUACGGCCUCCUCCACAUCUCCUGAUGUACUGGCCUGUCUCCUGGUAGCGCCUGCAUGCUCUGGACACUACGCUGACAGACACAGCAAACCUUUUUGCCACAGUUCGCAUUGAUGUGCCAUCCUGGAUGAACUGCACUACCUGAGCCACUUGUGUGGAUUGUAGACUCCGUCUCAUGCUACCACUAGAGUGAGAGCACCGCCAGCAUUCAAAAGUGACCAAAACAUCAGCCAGGAAGCAUAGGAACUGAGAAGUGGUCUGUGGUCACCACCUGCAGAAUUACUCCUGUUUUGGGGGGUGUCUUGCUAAUUGCCUAUAAUUUCCACCUUUUGUCUAUUCCAUUUGCACAACAGCAUGUGAAAUUUAUUGUCAAUCAGUGUUGCUUCCUAAGUGGACAGUUUGAUUUCACAGAAGUGUGAUUGACUUGGAGUUAC